CUUUUUCACCACAAAAAGAAAACAAAAAUAUAAUUCGUUUUGUUGUGUAAUGACUCAAAAAAUUUCCCGUUUCGUAAAAAACCAAUUUCCACCUCUACUUUCCGCCUUUGUUUACUGACAACGUCAAUAAUCACCUAACCUCACUUCCUCGCUCCAUUUUCUCCUCUUCCGCCAGUUUUUCGCGAAUUAUGGCUUGAGCUAUGAGUCUUCCUGUCUCCCCCAGGACCCAACAAUAUGGCAUCGAAGCAAUCCCAGGAACUCUCCUACAUCUCCAAAGCGGAAAACCUGAAUAGACAAGUCGACCAGUACAGAAGUGACUUGAACAUAGCCAUAAGUGGCGCCGUCGAGCGAAUAAUCCGCGAGAAUGAGCGCUUCCUGUCAGCCUUCUCCUCCGGUAGUUCUAGCAAAGAAAUGAUCAUGAGGAGCUUGAUGGAGUUUGCUGCGGAGCCGUCCAACGUCGAUGAGUUCGCCGACAUGAUCGGGGACAUCACGACGAAUUUGCCUGACUUAGGUGCCUUAAAUAUGACCAUAAGUGCUAUCGUGGAUGGGAGACAGUUCAGGGGGUUUGUCAUGAGCUUGUUGGGGGUGUUUAAGGAGAAUUUGGGGAAGGGGAAGGAUGACAAGCAGAAAUUCACCGGCGAUGAGCUUAUCUGGGAGAUAAGUCAGACGGUGGCUGAUUAUGUCGCGGAUUUGACGGUGGAUUUUGUUUGGGAUAAGGUGAUUAAUGAGGAUGACGACGUGGAAACUUAAUGUGGUAUUCAUUGGCUGUUAUGACUUAAUGUGACUUAAGAAAUAAGUAGCUUUAUUUUAUUUAAUUUUUGUUUGUUUUGUUGUACUUUUUAAUAUAUUUUAAUGUCUAUAGGUU